AGCUGGUACCAAACCCAUUGGAGUUAUACUCGGCUGUUUGGCUAGUGCGAAGACGUUUUGCUUGACCAAAAAAUUCCAUUAAACCCCUCAAAAAACCCUAAACCGAAACCCUCGCUAUCUGAGCUGAAGCAACCCAUCAAAUGGCAGGAGGCCGAUUCAGAGAACUCCUAAAGAAGUACGGAAAAGUAGCUUUAGGUGUCCACCUCUCCGUCUCUGCAGCCUCAAUCACUGGCCUCUAUAUUGCCAUCAAGAACAACGUCGAUGUCGAAUCCUUCUUCGACAAGUGGCAUCUUCCCGGACUAUCAACCGACGACUCCACAGUCUCUAACCCACCAACCCAACAACAAGAACAAGUUAAAUCAGAUGAUGGGUUUGUGAUUGAACAAAGGGACAAUUCGAAGAUUCUACAGGAGGUUACCAAGAGAAAUCGGACGGCUGAGCUUGCUGCAUCAACUGGUGGAGCCCUUGCUUUGGCUGUGCUGUGUAACAAGGCGCUAUUCCCAAUACGGGUUCCGAUCACCAUCGCUCUUACGCCUCCGGUGGCUAGGUUCUUGGCUAGGAGAAAGAUUAUCAAGAACAAUGUAUGAUCUUUGAUAUCUUUUUAGUUUGUUUUAUGUUAUUGGGAUUUUUAAAAUAAGAAUUCUCUUGUUUAGGUACCUCAUUUUGUCGGUUAUUAUUUGGCAUCAUUUGUAUCGAUGAAUGCUGAAUGACGCAUAGAGAGGUAGAUAGGAAAUGGGAUCAUCAUCAUAUGGUUAAAAUGUGAUGUGGGUCUUGGUGGAUAUUAGUUUAUGAUCUCAAAUGACGGCAAUAACUAUUAUAAAAUUGUCUUUUUUUCUA